AAAAGAACCUAAAAGGCAUUCCAUCAUCGAAAGGUCAAGCACUACAGUUGGCAUGCUCACUAAACUUGAUGUCAUGUUACUUGAAAACAAAGCAGUUUGAUGAAUGCAUAAAAGAAGGUUCUGAGGUAUUGGGAUAUGAUGUGAAGAAUGUGAAAGCACUUUACCGGAGAGGUCAAGCAUAUAAAGAACUAGGUCAACUACAAGAUGCUGUCUCUGAUCUUAUCAAGGCUCAUGAAGUUUCUCCUGAUGAUGAAACAAUUGCAAAGGUCUUGAGGGAUGCUGAGGAAAGAUUACUAAAGGAGGGAGGUGCACGUGCACCAAGAGGCUUAGUAAUUGAAGAGAUAAAUGAAGAUGAGAGUGCAGCUUCUUAGGACAUUAAACGUUCAUCAACACAGUGUUCAGUCACACAAUCACGAGACAUCAGUGACUCAGGUAAAACAGAGAGAGUGUCUUCCAAUGGUGGUCUGUCAACCAAUUCUGAGCAUUUGCAGGCUUUAAAAAAUGAUCCUGAAGCUAUUAGGUUGGUAACUUGGUAUUUUCAUAUCGAAUGUCAGAAGUAGGUCUUAUUGUUAAUAUUUAAUGCAUUAGAUUGUGUAGGAAUUUUUAGCAUGAGCAUUAUUAAUACAGAAAUAUAACCUUUAUUUUUAACAUCCAUGUUGAUCUUGCGGCUUGUAGGUUUCUGCUCUAAAGGAGUUGUUUUCAUUUUUUUUAGGCACUCUAAUUUUGUUUGCUCAUGCUACAUACUUUCGUACAUCUCUCUCUCUCCCCCUCCCUCUCUCCCUCCCUCUCUCAUACACUUAUAUAUAAACAACCUCUUGCUUGAUAUUUUUAGUGCUGAAGCUAAGCCAAUACUGCGUUUUUAUGCUAUCGAAGUGCUAUUUUACUCCUUUAGGGUCUCUUUUGUUGUAAGGUUUCUCAGAGCUGAACUAAAAUUUCAUACAAGAUUUGUAGUUUUCACGUUGGAAAACUGGCUCCUUUUUUUUUCUUUUUAAAAAAUGUACCAUUCUCAUCGUUUAUUUGUUGCAAUUUUUCUAGUUUAUUUUUUUUUUCAUUCACAACUUUGCAUGCUGCUUUGAAUGCUGGUAAUUCUGGAGAGGUAAAUGCUGACAUGGUAAAGUCUGCAUCAAACAUGAUUGGCAAAAUGGCUUUUCAUAUAUCUUUCUAGUUAUGAAACUAGUAAUUAAUUUUGUAUUUAUGUAUUUGUAGUUUUUGAUAUUUAUUUAUUUAUUUAUCUAAUAUUAUCUUUAUUAUUUAUAUUUUUGAAAUAAAUUAGAGAGUUGGGGUUUACUUGGUAUAGUCCAAGGAUCUAGAAAAGUUUCCUGAGGCUGAUAGUUUGGACAAUCACAUUUCAUUUCAGUAUGAGGAUAUGAAUGCAAUGCAGAGAAAAAUUAAAAAGAGCAUGUAAAAAAUAGUGUUGACUUAGAUGACAUAAGUGCAUGAAAAAACAGUAAAAGAUGACAUGAAUGGAACUAUCAUAGACUAAACCACCUCCUCUUUAUUGACCCAGAUGUUGUGUGAGACUUGUGAAAGUUUUAGUACCUAUGUGUUCACUAGAUGAUGGCAUAUAUUUCAUUAUUUUCAUAGUUUUAUAAGUGAUGUAUUCUCUUUUUCUAUUUAACACUUCAAUAUAUUUCAAUAAAGUUCAGUUCAUUCAUUCUCUAUCCUCUCUGAUUUUCUCAUUCACUUUCAUUUAUGAAUUUAACUGUUUGUUUUGUGGGAAAUUCAUAUGCUUAGAUUUUUCUUUCUUAAUAGGCUGAUAUGACCAUGUUAGAAGACGAACUACCAACAAAAAUAUGACUUUCAUCAGCCCUUGUCAAGGUAUAUUGAGAUGAUUUCUUUGGAGCAAUUCUUGACAACAUUUGUAGUUGAGGCCUUUAGAAUGGAAGAAUGUAUUUCACUAAUUUUUGUAUACAUUUCUUGUUUUUGUAUUUAGUGAUAAAGGAAUCUGAAUUGGGCAUAAAUUAUGUUGUAAUAUGAUUUCUUAAGCCUAGACUAGUAGACUAAAUAUUGUAAUUACAUUUG